AUGCGCGAUGACGAUUCCUCUCUGAAAGCCGCUCGAGCUCGGAGCUUCAUGAGCAAAAUCGGCGCUCAGACCUCCGCAACCACGCGCAGUCCCUCGUUGAGGCGUCGGAAAGAACCUGCCAUACACGAUCAAUCUUGGUUCACCGGCGGGAUCGACGGCUUCGCCAACGCUUUGUCCGGCGCGAUACCAUGGGAAAUUGUCGGGUGUAAUUGA